AUGGUGGGACUAAGGAACCGCUCCACGUGGGAUCCGCUGCUGCUCAAGUCGUCUUGCAUCAAAUCCUGUGCCAUCGGCUGCUCAUUGGGCAUCACGGCGCACCUCACAUAUGCUAAUGCAGAUAAAGACCCUGUUGAUGGUGUGUUUGUGUGCCCUCUCGGAGAAAAGGAGAUCGUGGUAGGCUUUGAGGCAGCCAUUGCAGGACGUAUGAUGGGUGUUCAGAUCCAGAACCGGGGCAAGCUGAAGGACUGCUGCUUAGAUUGCUGCCCCUGUACCGAAGGACGGGAAUGGAACUGUUGCAGAAGCUCCAGCUUGGAUAUGCAGUGCACCAAUGGGCAUCUCAUCCUGGAUGAAGAUCUAGAAAGAAACACCUUCAUCGUGGCCACGGGCCUGAUCGGUCCCAUGGAUAUAGUGACCAUCAUCAUGAAGACCACAGUUGAACUGCCUACGUUAGAAAAUGGAGCAAUCCACAUUGUCUACCCGACAUUACUGACACCCAUUGUCACGCACAUGACUGCGAGCAAGAGUGAAACUGGAGGGAAAUCAGAAGAAACCGGCUCAACCAGCUGUUUUAGUGGCACCUCAGGAAAACCGGAACGGGUUCUUGAUUCUGAGCAGCAGUACUGUGCACAUGCCAUCUUUACCAGUCCAGCUGCCACUUUGGCUCCUUAUGAGCUCAACUUCCAACUGCUGGUUCGAGGGGCUUGUCUGCUGGCCGGACUGGAGAGCCCAACUCAUGCCUUGAGAGCAGAUGCUGACCCCAGCGCCCAAAGUGCCUCCGCCACGUACAUCACCUUAGCCCAGGAGCAUCCCUAUGACAGACACAUAGAGAUCAUCCUUCACCUCAGUGAACCGCACAGCCCGCUCGUCAUAAUCGAGAAAGGAAGGCUCUCCUUCAGCCAGUACGAACAGCACAUCCUCUCACGACGGGAUUUCAUUCGUUGCACCCGCAAAGAUCCAGAACCUGAGAGAAAGGUGGAGUUUGUACGGAAGCGCUACCACAAGGACAUCUUGAACAACCCGGUGUUGAUGCUCAAUUUCUGUCCCGAUUUCUUGGGAGAACCUCUAGAAUUGAACAAAGCCACCAGAGAAAUAUUGUUCCUUGUUGACUGGAGCGGCGGCACGAACGGAAGCAACAUUGGUCGUGUAAAAGAAGCCCUGACAGUGGCGUUGAAGAGUCUCCCUUCCGGCACGCUGCUCAACGUUGUCAGCUUCGGCACCCCCAUGAAACCUUUGUUCACAGCCAGCAAACUCUGCACGGAUGUCAUACUGAUGCAGGCCUAUGAAUAUGUCCAAAGGAUGAGAGCGGACAUGCGAGGAAUCAACCUACUGGCGACGCUGUCCUGGGUGUAUCAACAGCCUAUGCAGCGUACACACCCUCGCCAGGUCUUUAUCAUUACAGACGGUUCCAAAAACAACGUGGCUAAAGUUUUGGAGCUGGUACGCAGAAACACUUGCGCUGGCAGAUGUUUCGGUUUAGGCCUUGGUUCCCGUGCAUGUAGGCGACUCCUGCAGGGUGUUGCCAAGUUGACAGGAGGUACGACAGAAUUUUUGGAAGAUGAGGAAAGACUUCAGCCCAAGCUCAUCAAGUCUCUGAAAAAAGCCCUGGAGCCUGUGUUGACCGAUAUGCGGAUUGACUGGUAUCUGCCUGAAAACAUGGAGGCUCUUCUUUCACCCAAUGAAAUCCCUGCGCUCUACCCGGGAAAUCGUCUUAUUGGAUAUUGCACGCUUUAUGACAUGACGACAUUUAAAACCAAAAAGACAGAGUGUCAAGAGCUCGGCUACAAGCGCACACGUAACGUUUCUGUGGGCUCUGUUUUUUGCCCGUCAAAUGACGACAUCUCACCUCCGACAUCUGAGCUCAUGCCUGCGGUCACUUGUCCGGAAGGUAACGACCUGGAGGAGGCGCUGAGGGAAAUCUCCAGAGAAAUCUCCUCUGAGUUCUCCUGCGCUAAAGACGCUUACCACAGUAUGGAUGUAGACUGGUCCAGCGAUGUGAGAUCGAGAAUCCAACAGAGCUCCUAUGUCCAGGAGCAGUACGUCCUCACUCACUGCUCCCUCAGCAGCGAACAGAGUCUCCCCACACGCAUACAAGCCUCGUCAAGUUCUGACACCAAGAGACAAGCUUGUCUUUCUGACCCGAUGCCUCCCGCUCCGCUCCUGGACACGGGAUCUUUACCGCAAGGCCUAGAGAAGAUACCUGGUCCAGAACAGAGCUCAUCGUUGUCUCGCUGGGCUGACUCGCCGUGGCAGCAGAACCUAUCGGCAGACGGCGCUGACAGCGCCAGGAAAAAGAAUGGACAAGUCGGUUGUAGUGAGGAAUCACACUGGAGACAAAAAUCACUGGCCCGUUCAACCAUGGCAGCUAGAAGCUUUUCAUCGCCGCAGGGUGAGCUGGAGAUGCAUCGCCUCAGAAGAGCUCUGGAAAGGGUCUCCUUCGACCAAACUCUUGGGGGAAGGCUGGAUGAAAGUGACGGGGAGACAAAGCCGCCAGACACGCUUUCACACAGAAGCCUCAAUGACUCCAGUGGACUCCUGUUCCCCGCCUCACCUCUGGACUGGGACAACUUCACAGACCCAGAGUACCUUUUUACCGCAGUUCCUCUGGAGGAUCCCCCGCCGGGUCAAUGCCGAGCCCUCAUUCACGGCCUUCUGGGCGGCAGACCUGUUUCCUGGGAAGUCACCGUGAACCUGGGCCACCUUUUGGUCCCUGAUGACCACAGAUCAACGGCAGUGGAAAGGUGUAGAAGUAAAGGAGGAGGAAUAGAAAGGGAGUCUUGGGAGGAGAUCAUUCACCAGCUGACUGCUCGAUCAGUAAUAAGAGACUUUGAGAGAAUGGCCGAGAGGGAGAACCAAACAGCGCAUGGUUCAGCGAAACGGUAUCGCGUGAAGGCCAUCCAGACCAGUAAACACUGCAACAUCAUCUCCAUGUACACCACCUUUACCAUCAUUGACAGCAACCCUAAUAAAAGCUUCCAGGACGGCUUGGAAGUCCAAAAUUCAGGGUUAGUUUUGGGAAGCAGUCGCAGUUCCCAGUCAGGCAGUCGCAGGCAGAAAACCUAUUCGUCAGGUGUGAGCAGAAGACCGAUCAGUAGAGACUGCGAAGAGGGUGAAGACACCUGGAACUCUACAGACGCCUUCAGUGGUGUUGCCUCAGUAACAACGGGCCCUUCGUCCACUCGUUCGCAGCGUUCUAUCGAGAGCAGGUCAAUGGAGAGCUUCUUUGGCACCAGGUUCCCCCUUGGCAGACUCAGGUCUUCAAUUUCAUCAGGACGUCAGGUUCCUCUCAAGUCCCACUGCCUGUCUGCAGAGACUGACAAACAAACGGAGAAUGAAGCUCCGGACUAUCUCCCCCUGGUUCACCUUCAGUUGGCAUCAGGAGCUUUCCUGCUUAGCGAGAUGUACGCCAACUGCGUCCAGAUCUCCUUGGACCGCCUGAAGAGGGCGUCACCUUACAGCCUGCACCGGCGCAGCCUCAGCCCGCCUUUCCGCUGCGCAUCUCCCAGCGCUCCUUCAUUGUCCUGCUCAGUCAAACCUCCCAGUCAACACCACGUUACCUUUUCGCCUUCCUCUUGCUCCCUGGCCAAAACAACCGCGCCACCUUUCCACCACACGCCAGAUGACACCCCACUGAUGCUGGAACCCAAGCUUCGCAGAAGACAGCUGUCAGACCGAGACCCCGUAACCUUAUCCCCGGAUGCUCCCAGCUCUGAGGAAGGCUCGUUAGAUCUACCGAGUGGCCAAAUUCAUGGCCAGGCGGACAGCGGUCGCGGGUCGGAGACGGACGUGGGCGAGGCGCUGCUGGAGCCGCCCUACCUUCAGGUGAGCAGCCAGUCGGCUCAAGACGACGUGGAGGGUUCGACCUGGGCGACCGCGGUGGCUCUAGCCUGGCUGGAGCAUCGUUGCGCAGGAUACUUCAUGGAGUGGGAGCUAGUGGCGGCUAAAGCGGACUUCUGGCUACGUGGCCUGGAGCUGCCUGAAGGGAUGGACCUUGCUGGGUUGAGGGGGGCUGCCAGACAACUGUUCCUACUGCUGCGCCACUGGGAUGAGAAUAUCAAAUUCAACAUGCUGUGUUAUAAUCCCAAUAAUAUGUGA